CCAUUCUGGAUCACGCCAGCGCCGGAGAGAAGCCCUCGGAACCCUUGAAACCCUAACCCCAGAUUUCUUUCUGAUCGAUCGGCGAUGGCUCAGAACCCUAAGGUCUUCUUCGACAUGGCGGUCGGCGGUGUGCCGGCCGGCCGGAUCGUGAUGGAGCUGUUUGCGGACGUGGUCCCCCGCACGGCGGAGAACUUCCGGGCGCUGUGCACCGGCGAGAAGGGCACCGGGAGGUCCGGCAAGCCGCUGCACUACAAGGGGUCGUCGUUCCACAGGGUGAUCCCGGGGUUCAUGUGCCAGGGCGGCGACUUCACCGCCGGGAACGGCACCGGCGGGGAGUCGAUCUACGGGUCGAAGUUCGAGGACGAGAACUUCGUCAAGAAGCACACCGGGCCCGGGGUGCUGUCGAUGGCAAACGCGGGGCGCAACACGAACGGGUCCCAGUUCUUCAUCUGCACCGCCACCACCUCGUGGCUCGACGGGAAGCACGUCGUCUUCGGGCAGGUGGUGGAGGGGCUGGAGGUCGUCAGGGCCAUCGAGAAGGUCGGAUCCCAGAGCGGGAGGACCUCCAAGCCCGUCACCAUCGCCGACUGCGGCCAGCUCGCUUAGAUCGAUCCAUCGAUCUCCCCCUAAAUCCCCCUCACCCCUUCUGCUCAUCGUGCCAGUUGAAAUAAUCUGCUGAUCGGUUCGUCGUCGUUCCCCUUCUUCGUUGGAUCGCGUUUGAUGUCGUCAUCUUAUCUUUGAUGUCUUGGAGUUCUUAUGUCAUGAUCUGUGUGUUUUGGUGGUGUUUUCUUCUUUCGCCGCCCUAUCUUUUUUUACCUCUCUUGUAUUUUAUGGUUUAUCGUGUCUGCUUGUGGGGGAAGAGAGCUUUAUCUGUAAGACUCUUUUUUACCUGAGUACCAACGGUAAUAAAGUUAUCCUUUUACAAGAGGAUCGU